GGCGAUUUGUGAAUGGUGAGAGACGAAAUGGUGGCGGCUACCGCGACCGUGAUGGGGGUGGGGAAAAGGAAAGUUACGCAGUUGCUGUAACAUUUUUUUUCCGGAGUAACAGAUUCUCAGGUCACAAGAAUACCCUUGAUUUGGGGAGAGAACCUUCUGGACUAGAAUGGGAACCAUUGCUUGGGAAUGUGGCUAAGUAACAGAGUCACAUGGAAAUUCACCGGACAGCAAAAGAAAGCAGUUGACUGCCAGAACCUAAUUUUAAUGGCCUGUUAAGGAAACAAAAUUAUUUUAUGUGAAAGAGAAAAAUGAUGAGUACUGCACUGAUGAGUUCCAGAAACCCGUGACUGAGAGGCCUGAACAAGUUUGUGUUCGUGAAUGGCGGUUUGAGCAAGCAAACAAAGAAGAUUAAAAAAGCAAGCAUUCAAUUAGUGAACCUGUUUUUCUUCCUUCGUUUAGCAAGAAAGGAGUUUUUAGUGUUGAACGCUGCAGUUAUGGCUAUGACUGUCAGGGAGAUGUUAUGGACAUUUUAUGUACUGUCUGCAUUUCUGGGACACGUUAGCGGCCACAGUAUGUUUGCCUGUGAACCAAUUUCCUUGAGAAUGUGCCAUGAUCUGCCUUACAAUAUGACAUUUAUGCCAAAUCUUCUGAAUCACUACGACCAGCAGACUGCAGCCCUGGCUAUGGAGCCAUUCCAUCCUCUUGUAAACUUGGAAUGUUCCCAGGACCUACAACCAUUCCUGUGUGCGAUGUAUGCCCCAAUUUGCAUGGAGUAUGGGCGUAUUACUCUGCCAUGUCGUAAGCUGUGUCAGCGAGCAUAUGUGGAGUGUCAUAAGCUGAUGGAGAUGUUUGGAGUCAUGUGGCCAGAGGAGAUGGAGUGCAUGAAAUUUCCAGACUGUGAUGAAGCCUACCCACGCCACACUGACUCUGUUUCAGGUGGUGAUCCCACAGAGGAGGCUCCAAUGGCUGUGCAGAGGGACUAUGGCUUUUGGUGCCCACGGGAAUUAAAAAUCGAUCCUGAGCUUGGCUAUUCUUUCCUGGGGGUCACAGACUGUUCACCACCUUGUCCUAACAUGUAUUUCAGACGUGAAGAGCUUUCUUUUGCCAGGUACUUCAUUGGCGUGAUAUCUAUCGUCUGCCUGUCUGCUACACUCUUCACCUUUCUCACAUUCCUCAUUGAUGUGAAACGAUUCCGCUAUCCAGAGCGACCAAUCAUAUUUUAUGCAGUCUGUUACAUGAUGGUUUCCUUGGUGUUCUUUAUUGGAUUUCUUCUAGAAGACACGGUUGCCUGCAACAGAAAUGACCCUUCAGUUUACAAAGUAUCUACAGUGACACAAGGUUCCCACAAUAAGGCAUGUACUAUGUUGUUUAUGGUACUUUACUUCUUCACAAUGGCAGGCAGUGUCUGGUGGGUCAUCCUUACCAUCACGUGGUUUUUGGCUGCCGUUCCCAAAUGGGGCAGUGAGGCAAUAGAGAAGAAAGCACUACUGUUCCAUGCAAGCGCCUGGGGGAUCCCAGGGACCCUCACUAUCAUUCUCCUCGCCAUGAACAAAAUUGAAGGGGACAACAUCAGUGGUGUUUGCUUUGUCGGACUAUAUGAUGUUGAUGCGCUGCGAUAUUUUGUUUUGGCUCCUCUAUGUCUCUAUGUGGUGGUAGGGGUUUCUUUGCUACUAGCAGGUAUAAUAUCCCUGAACCGUGUACGGAUUGAAAUCCCACUGGAAAAAGAGAAUCAGGACAAGUUGGUGAAGUUCAUGAUCCGCAUUGGUGUGUUCAGCAUUCUCUACCUCGUACCACUCCUUGUUGUAAUUGGAUGUUACUUUUAUGAGCAAGCAUUCCGUACUGUAUGGGAGACAACAUGGAUUCAGGAACGUUGUCGUGAAUACCACAUUCCCUGUCCUUACCAGGUCACCCAGGUGAGCCGCCCCGAUCUUAUUCUCUUCCUCAUGAAGUACCUAAUGGCUCUGGUUGUUGGAAUUCCUUCUGUAUUCUGGGUUGGCAGUAAGAAGACCUGCUUUGAAUGGGCCAGUUUCUUCCAUGGUCGCAAGAAGAAAGAUUCUGUAAAUGAGAGCCGCCAAGUACUGCAGGAACCCGAGUUUGCACAGUCACUGCUGAGAGACCCCAACACCCCAAUCGUCCGCAAAUCCAGAGGCACCUCUACGCAAGGAACGUCCACUCACGCCUCCUCGCAGCAACUCGCCCUUAUGGACGACCAGAGGAGCAAGGCCGGCAGUGUACACAGUAAACUCAGCAGUUACCAUGGAAGCUUGCACAGGUCACGGGAUGGCAGAUAUACACCUUGCAGCUUCAGAGGUCUGGAUGAGCGGUUGGUGCAUGGCAGUCUGCCAAGGCUCAACGACCAGUCCCAGCAAAGCAGCCUACACCGUCUGAAUGACCAGUCCCGGCAAAGCAGUAUCAGGGACCUGACUAAUCCAGCAACCCACAUCACUCAUGGUACUAGCAUGAACCGAGUCAUUGAGGAAGAUUGCACAAGUGCCUAAACAAAGCCUCUUAUCCAAGGCAAAGUGAAGGGGGCACACAGUUCAACAGAAGACAGCUCCAAUUGGAAGCCACUGAGUGUACUGCACCUGCCCUGAGGCUGAUUCAGUAGCAGUGAGGAACUGUUCAAUUUUAUAUCGGAAUUCACAAACCUGAUACCAUUACUGCUCGUGCUCAAUCUCCCACUUUAUGCAGUUAGCACAUCUGGCCACAAUAUGACAUGUUAGGAACAGAUGUGUGACAGGGUAGCUGUGCUGAAACUACACUGCUGGCCUGAUAGCCCAACCACAAUCAGAUCAGUAGCUGCCAUCUGCACCUUCCUUGUUGGAGGCAGCAACUGCAAGUUAUGUUCCAGGAGUUUGUUGCUCCUCCUGACAGCAAGAUUGUUGGGCUGUUGAGCACCAUUGCCUUUACCAUCAGAAGCAACCCUGUGGUAGAAAGGGGACUUCAGUCGAGCUGUGUCCAACACUAAAAUGGCAAAGGAGAAAACCUUGUAACUUGCACUCGCCCCAUAAAGAGCCUUUUUGUUUACAUUAGAAUUGUGUUCAGAUGUUUAGUUUCAUUCAGUCUUUUUUCAGUUUUAGCACUUUAACUGUGAUUGUAUAGAUGUUGAAAUGUAGUAAUUACAAAUUAGAAUUUUUUGAGAGCAGUAGAUUUUUAAUAAAAUAAUAAAAUCAUGAUUUCCUUU